GCUCUGGGGCUUGUGGCCUGGGGUCAGUGGCUCAGGUCGAGGGCCGAGGGUCGAGUGGCCGAGUGGCCUGAGGCUUCAGGUGUGGCCGAGGGCCGAGGGUCGAGGGCCUGUGGCUCGAGGGCCGAGGGCCGAGGGCUCAGUGGCUCAGUGGCUCAGGCUCUGUGGCCGAGUGGCCGAGGUCGUGGCUCAGGGCCUGAGGGUCGAGUGGCCGAGGGCCGAGGGCCGAGGGCUCGAGGGCUCGGGUGGCCGAGGGCCGAGGGCUCGAGGCUCUCGAGGCUCAGGGCCUGGUGGCCGAGGCCGAGGCUCGAGGCUCGGGGCUCAGUGGCCUCAGGCCGGCUCGAGUGGGUCCGAGUGGCCUCGGGCCUAGGGCUCGAGGGCUCGAGGGCUCAGGGCCUAGGCCCGGGGCCCGGGGGCUCGGGCUCAGGGCUCAGUGGCCUGGGCCUAGGCUCAGGGCCUGGGGCUCAGGGCUAG